CGGACCCUGCUCUUCAUGUCAUCCUGGAGCGAGUGUCUGAGCUGGAGCGCUGGCUGCACACGGCUCACUGCAGCCUGGGGACCGCCGGGGCUGAUGGGAAAAACAUGGAGGCUCUGGAGAAGCACCUGCUCACCUGUCAGGAAAUGCUGUUGGAGAUCGAGCAGAAGGUUGGCCUCCUGUCCCCAGUCAACUCUGAACCCGGGUCAAAACUGCCCCUGCUGGACAACGGGUCAAAUGCACCAACCUUUCCCCAUCAAGAAGACAAUGGUUUAACCCGAUCCUAUCAAGAAAACGGGUCAGCAUCAGAGCGUGACCCCUCCCAGGAUCAUGGUUCAGUCCUGAGUCCGGCGCUCCCCUCUCCUCAGAACGGUUCGGUCCAGGCUCACCAUGACGCCGCUGAGGUCCUGCUCCGGAGACUGGACCUUCUCAAGUCCAGUCUGGUCACGUUCCAAAGGCUUCUCCAGGAGCGUCAGGAAGACCACAGUCCCACACAGAGAGCAGAGCGCCCCCUACAGAGGAAACUCCGGCGCAGCAGCAGCGUCCAGGAAAUCCUCUCCUCCCCAAGAAACAGACUUCUGAGACAGAGCAGCCUGCAGCAGCAGAAGGAGUUGGAGCAGGAGCUGGAGGAGCAGAGAGGACUGACCCAGGCUCUGUCCAGACACAGCAGCAGAACCAGACUCCAGGAGCCCCAGGAGCACGAGGAGAACAGGGCCCAUCCCGCUCUCUCCUCCCCAGACCCGGGCCUCCUAAAGUGGGAUAGACUCCACGCCGCGCUGCAUUCUCUGGAGCUCACCCUCCAUCUGCCCCCCUCCCAGGUGGCAGACGCUUCCAUAAGACACGGUGAUGAAGCAGCGGGGAGUGUGAUUGGAGAACAAGCCCAAAAAGAGCUCCAAAAUCUGGUCCAACUCACGAGAGAGCUGGGGGAGAGGAGCGCGCUGGGGAGUGGCCAGGAUGUGAGUCCUCAGUCUGUGGAGGAGGGUGCGUUUCAUUUACUGAGCGGUGUGUCCCUGUCUCUGUCCACUCUGUCCAACCUGCUGCUGUCUCCUGUUGGUGUUUACACUGAAGAGGAGGGAAAACAAGAACUUCUUCAACUACAGGGUGUGUCUUCAGAGCUGGAUUCUCUGAGCAGAGCGCUGGAGUCCGAGGGGUCAAAGUUCACGUGUUCCCUGGGGUCACGCAGAGGUCACGAGUGUGUGCAGACGGUGGUGAGGAUCCUCCCUGUGAUUCAAACAGGUCUGACCCAGAGAGAGGGAGCAGUGAGGAAACUACAGGAGGAGACAACUACAGCCCAGAACCUUCUGAAAGAGUUGCAUGCAGCCUUCACUUCUAACCAACUCACUGUUCACCAAAUAACACACGGAGCAGAGCCGCCCAGCCUCACUCACACUGUGCAGGUCCAGUCUUCUCUGCAGCUCCAGUCUGAGGAGUUAAAGUCUCUGCUGCAGAACCAGACUCUGCCCCAGUCUGUGCUCCACCAGGCCUCACAGCUGCAGGAGGAGCUGGACAGCGCGUUGCUCGGAGUCUCGUCUCGUUUCGUGGACUUGAAGAGCAGCUCAGAUCUUCAGCAGAUGUUUGACCAUCUGCUCUUCAGCCUCAGAGAGCUCCUGUCUGCUGGAUCUGAGAGAGUUCACCUCCUCCAGACCAGAAACAUCUCACUGCAGAGCAAAGAACAGCUCCAGGAACACAUCAAGAGCAAUACGAAAUUCUUCCAGUUCCUACACCAGCAUUUUCAGACCCUGCACUUCCUGUCUCAGAGAUUCCCAGAAAACUCCCAACAAAGUGUGGAAAACCUGAAGGAGGAGGUGAUCCAACUCCAGGAGCUCGGGCUGGAGAUCGGGACCAAGAUGGAGCUCACACUGCAGCGGUGGACUGAGUGGGAGCAGGACUGUGAUUGGAUGGACUCCCUGCUGAGAAACACCGAGACUUCGUUUCCCAUCAUGCCUCAGGAGUGGGACUCAGACGAGCACAUAGCGAACUACCUCUCCAUCUACCAGGACAUAUUGAACGUUGUGGGUGAAAGCUCUUGUCGCGUGUCUCGUCUGCUGAAGUCGGGCUCGGAGCUGCAGAUCUGUGGAGGUGGGGGAGUGGACUCUGUCUGCAGGAAAAUGAACUCGAGAUGGAAAAAUCUGACACAAAGAGUGGACCGUGAACGCAACACAGUGCUCAAAAUCACUCAGCUCAGGAGAAGGUUUGUGCGUGACUCGGCUGCACUCGCUGAAUGGAUGGGCGGGGCUAGAGACAUGAUUGACAAGCAGCAGGCCCUUCUCUCGGCCAAUGAGGAGGAAGAUACUUGUGUCAGAAGAACCCAUUUUCUACAAAUUCUGAAUUUGUCCAAGGAGCUUGAGUCCAGAGCCGGUCUGAGAGCUGCAGUGAAGACCUCAGGAUCCCAGCUGCUCCAGAUCCAAAACCCAGACUUAGACCAAGACUUGGACCAGGAUUUGGACAAAGACCAGGACACAGAGAAAGACCCAGGUCCAAACUCGGUCUGGUCCAGAGUCAGACAGAUGGAGCUGCAGUGGUCCAGUCUGAGGGCGGAGGUGCCGGCUCUACUGCAAGUACUGCACAAGCGCUGGUUGCAGUCGCUGACACAGCAGGGGGCGCUACAGGAGCUGCAGUCCUGGCUCAGUGCUGCAGAAUCUAAACUGAAUGAGCAAAGUAACAUCCACCAGACGAACCCUGAGCUAAGCCUCCUUCUUAGAACCUGCAAGGAUUUCCAGAAGGAGAUGGCAGCUCAUCAGGCCACUCUGGACGUGAUAAACCAGCCUCUGCAGACGUGUAGUACCACAGAGGACCACGAGGGGCGCUGUGAGAGGAACCAGUUUUCAGAGGAACAGGGUCGACUCCACCAGCGCUGGAUCAGCCUGCAGCACAGGCUCAUGUCUCAGGUGAGUUCUGUGGAGCAGGAGCAGAGGCUGAGGACAGAGGCAGAGUCUUGUUUACAGAAGCUCCACAGCUGGAUCCAGGAGCAGAACAUCUGGAUGGAAUCAACCCAAAGACCUCACAGUGUGGAGCAGAUACAGAGGAGCCUCACACUCACUCAGGAGCUGGAGCAGAAGAUACAGCUACACUCUGAGGCUCUACAGGAAUUUAAAAAGAAAUUUCAAAAUAAAACAGGAAGCAGCAUCUGUGAAAUCAUCUCUCAGAUUGAAAACACUUCUCUGGACUGUGACAACCUCAAACUAAAGAACAAGUCGCUGAAACAUCAGUUAAUUGAAGCACAGGAUCAGUGGGACUCAUUGGACAAACAGCUGAAUCUGUUCAAGACCAAAACAGUGAAGAUUUCUCUGAGUCUGGAUUUAAACAGUGGACCAAACAUGAGUCUACAGGCAAUGAGACAACUCUGCCACAGACUACAGCUGGUCCAUGAUGAGCUGGAGAGUUCAGACUCAGACUGGGACGAACUUCUUCAAACUGAAGCCUCAGUGAAGGACCUGCUCCAUGAUUCUGCUGCUGCUCUCGUCACCAUGGAGACCACAGCGCUCAGGCACAGGUGGUCCACAGUUUCUGACUCUUUGAAUAAGAAGCUCCAGAAAAGCCAGAGCGCCCUCUCUGUUUGGGAGAAAUACCAUCGACUCGCGGGUUCAUUUUCUCAGAGACUGAAGACUCUGCAGAGUGAAGCAUCAUCUGUGAUCAACACAACACAAACUGACAACACAGAGGAGCAGAUUACUCUGAGAAUGCAACGCACACAGGAUUUGUUGUCCAGAGUUGACAGUUUGCAGAGUGACCUACACUUGAUGUUAGAUGCCUCUAAACACCUGACCUCUCACCUGGACACGCCCUCCUCUGCUCUCGUCCAAUCAGAGACCAGGAGGUUGUCACGUGGUGUUCUGCAGCUGAACCAGGGUUUAAAACUGAAAUUACAAAUACUGCAGGAGGAGUUUCAGAGUCUGGGGCAGUUCUCAGCGUUACUGUCUGAGCUGGAGACGGAGCUGCAGCAGUGGGAGAGGAGGGCCCCAGCACAGACCCAGGGCGAUGGUCAGGAGGCCAGUGCUCCCUCCUCAGACAUUAGGGGGCGCUCCUCAGACCUGGACCUCCUGAAUGAGCUGAGUCUGGGGGUGUGUCUCAGUGAUGCAGAGGCCAAUCGUCUCCUGAGACUGAACCAGAGCUGGAGCAGAGCCUGCAGCCGCCAGCAGGAGGCGCACAGGUGA